GGGAGCGUUAAAUUUUUUUGUUUGCAGGGUAGUAUCAACUAUAAUAAUUAUUGUAAAAUAUGGUUGAGGAAACAGUACCCGUGGUAAAGGCAAAGACAAAAACAGCUCGACCAAAACCUGUUUACCUUUGGACAGUGGCGGACACAAUCAAGUGGCUUCGAAGACACUGUAGUGAACAAUGCGGAAAAUAUAGCGAUCUGUUUCAGAAGCAUGAAAUUACCGGCCGAGCAUUGCUGAGGAUAACAGAUAAUUCACUUUACCGGAUGGGCAUUGUAGAUGAUAAAGACCGAGAGGACAUUUUGCGUGAAAUGAUCAAGCAGAGACUUAAAACCGAUAUUAUGGAAAUUCGUGAUAUGGAACUGAUGAAUAACGUGUACGAGAAUUGUUACUAGAAAUAUAGGGUCUUUUAUUCUAAUAGCAAGUGCGUCUCUUCUUCAUAGCCUAAUUCAAUAAAUUAUCU